GGACAUCAAAACAAAAACAAACUAUGAAAAAUGGUUGAAAAAUCGGAAAUCUCGAAGCAUUAUGAGCAGAUUGUGCAACACAUUAUUAGUUUUCAGCAGCCAGGACUUGAAUCACUUCAAUCUUAUUAUGGACAAAUGAGUUGCAAAUUGAAUUCAGAAGCAAAAAGCGGCUCAAACGCAGCGUGUCCAGGAUGUUGCCUUUUAAGAACGGACGAAAAUCAAAUAGUGACAGAAGAGAGUCCUGUACUGAAAAAGCAGAGAAAACGACUAAAAGCCAUUCAGAAAUUAAGAAAAAUCAAACAACGGACGAAAAAGCAAGAAAAUAUGUUGAAAAAAUUGUUGAUGAGAAAGAAUGGAGCUCAAAUAAUAACCUGUAAAUUGUGCAAUUACACAACCAAAAAAGCAAUACCGCAAUCAAAUCCCACCGAAAAUGCUGACACUCCAAAGCCGUCGUCCAAAAAACCUCAAAACCCACAAGGACAAAAACGAAAAGCUGAACAAAAAACUCCUCAGGAAAUAUUGACGAAGAAGCAGAAGAAGAAAACAGCGGGACUUAAUCCACUUUACGUCAAACCAAAAGCCUCAUCACAAUUUGAAAGUGCCUCAAAAUCGUUGAAUAGUGCCAAAAACCUCCAAAAAUUAUCACAAAUGCUUCAAGAAUCUGACAAACAAAAAAACUCUGCCUCUCGUCUCGAUUUGUUUUUAAAAUAA